AUGACAACAUUCUUUUCAACUUUAUCUCUUUUAACAGUAAUUUUAUAUAUAGGCCCGGCUUUAGAAUAUUUACCAAAGAUAGUCUCAGCCUGUACUUCUUUAAAUAAAUUUGGAGAAUUACGUCAAUUAUGGCCUCUUUUCAAAAUUGAUUUUGCAAUUUUUAUUGUCAGUUUCCUCCUCACAGUUUGUUACGAUAUGGCUGAGGGGUUAACGCUUUCAGCGCUUUUUAGUGCUUUUACUAUUGUUUUUCGUGAUCAGUGGCCAAAAUGGCACUUUUUAACACACGAUGAAGAAUUAAAUGAAUAUAAAGAAGCUGAAAGAAAACAACAAUUUUUACAGCACCAAAUAGCCGCUGGGGGGCACGCUUUUAUCAUUCGUUAUGAUGCUCCUUUGAUAUUUACAAGUGUACAUAAAUUUAAUAAAGUUUAG